CCCUGGCACGCCCUAGUUUCCCCCGUCCGUGUGCUACCGUUAGGCACAGUAUCUUUUUUGGACGGGGCGCAUAUUUUUGAAAGUAGCACUUGGAUCAUGAGCCUGGAGGAGGAAAUUAUCAAGACUCAAAAUAUCCUUCAGCCCCUCGUCGAUCGACCCCAGCUGAAGGCAAAGGUAUGCAUUGGAAAUUGGAAACGUCACGAACGGCUUAUUGUGUGCAGCUCCUGUCUAAACCGCCGUUCCGCUUCCUUCAUGACAUAGUAAUUCUCGUCAGCGUCUUACAUUAUGAGGUAUUAGCCGCGACGGCGUUAACAGGUAUCGGCCACGACGAGGUCAACUGGGUUUGCAGAGGGUCUUUACAAAGGCGAGGAACUUGACUCGGGAGCCAUACGAGACAAAGAGUCAAAGCUCAAUUAUCUUGGAAAAAUAGCGGCCUGUGUGAGCAUAUGCAUUGGCAAGAAUGUUGACAUGCGUGGCCCCAAGGUGGUGUGAGUACCUGUUGUAUAUCACAAUUAGAGACCACAGGUGGUGGCAGGAUUGGAGCCAGAAAAAACAAAUCAAUUUUUGCAGCAAUUAGCGCAUUGUGCCUCUGAUCGUUCGCUUGAUUUCCGCGAGGCUGUGCGGAUGUCAUUGCAAGGUGUGGCACCCAGCUCGGAAGGAAUCCCACGCAUCAAAACAAGAUCGGAGCUAGAGAACGAGGUAGAUAUUGGCUUAGAGUUUGAAAAGGAGCGGCCCAGUGGGGAGAUGCCUCCGUCGCGUGCAGGUGCACGAAGUGCAAAUAGUGAGUCCAAAGGUCUGGAACCACCUCCGCGUUUGGGUGGCAUGGGCAUUGGCAUUUCUGAGCUUGAUGGGCAGAUUGAGGCCUGUGAUGGGAGCCCAGAUACAACGCGGAGGUUGCUGGAGCCGAUCAUAACCCGGCCAAAGCUGACGGAUAAACUCCUUGGCAAGCCUCCGUUCCGAUUCCUACAUGACAUCAUCUCUGAAGUCAUUAGACAGACAUCAUUUGGCUCGGGACUCUACGACACAGCUGAGUCCGAUAGCUCGAAGGUGACCGACAAGAAUUCAAAGAUAACUUACCUAGCAAAGUUAGUCAAGCUAGUAGGAAUGCAGCUUAAUACCAUUGUCGAAGCCAGGCCCACAAAAAUAGUGAGCGGUCUUGAGCCAAACAAUACCAAUAGGCUCCUACAGCUUUUCGCGGUGGCCGCGAGCUUCGCACCUAACAGUGAUCACUCUGUGCGGGCUGUACUUGCAUCGGGGGAGUUUCAGAGCUGCAGGCCUGCCGUGCCUUCAAGCGUGGAGAUAAAGUGUGAUGUCAUGCCGGCUGAGGAGAAGCAGGGCCUAGCAGGGGAAACGAACAGCAACGUUGGCUCUGAAAGCUAUGAUGAUGCUGCAAAAUCUGGGGGUGCAACUUCGCUGGCAUUUAGGGAUGAGGACCCUGCCCAAUCCAAACUCUCCACUCGACCAACCACGGCACGGCGCCGACCUCCUAUAUAUAAAGACCACCUCGUUGAAGAUAAUCAUCGCCCCAAACUCGAAAGGAAUACUGCAAUCAUGGUGGAUAUUAUUACAGAUGAUGGCAACGAUGAUGAUGAUGAUGGAAAUACGAUUUGCGAUGCAUCCAAUACGAAACUACAGGUUGCCACAAAUGAUGUGGUUGUUGCCGCAGAUGGCAAAUCUAAGCUUGUCCGUGAGAUCCAAGAAGAGGAACGCGCUGCAGCGAGGGGAGGGGGUGAAGAAAAAGGACAAAGCUCAGGUGGCAUACGUUUUGGCCGCAUCGAUCAUGCCACAACUGGUUCCAAAGACAAAGUCCGCGAAACAGAUCUUAAUGAAGUCCAGCGGACAGUGCAGGUAUUAUGUCAAUCCACAAACCCAAUUGCCAAAUGUAUGGAUUACGUCCACGAGGACGUGGCAACCAUGCACGCAGAACUAAAAAAAUGGGAACAAGAACUUAAACUGCAAGUAAGCCAGCUCGAGCAAGAGGUUGAGUUUACUAGAGGUGCAACGCGGCCACUUGACCGUAAAUUGAAAGAGCUUAACGAACAUGUUUCCAAUGAAGAAAAGUGCGUCCGAUGUGUCAAGGCGAGGAUCCUAAACCAAGAAGAUCGCAUGAGCCAGCUACUCCAGAUGAUAUCCACAACCAAUUCUAAAGGAUAGUGCUUUGUGCAGAUAGCUGAGGCGCAGGUGUGGGCAGCCUCGCACUGAGAAACAGCUGCGACGCGAUACGACAGUCCGAGAUAAACCCGCUCAAACCAAAAACUACAGAAUAUAUCUUCUAGUUCCGUAUCCAUACUAGGACUUAUUACUAGGCCUACUAAUA